AUGGACAUCAUGGCGUCGACUUCGAGAACAGACAUGGUGGAAGCUCUCCGUCGCUACCGUGAGACCCUUAGGUGGGAGACCAGUACGCUGAGGAGCGAGGCCACGUCCCGGGGCCUGGAGACGAUCGCCGGAAAGAAGGAUUACCUAAAUCGUCAUACUAAUUCCGAGGGGAGAUCACUAUCUCUCGAAUCACCUCAGCUGGUCGAGCAGAACCAGAAAGUCGCGAGCCUGCCUCUGGUGAGUUUGCCCUACCUCGUUGCAAAUCAAGAGGAGGCCCUCGCUCUGCUCUUGCACGAGGCGCUCAAGCUGGGCUACCGGGUCCAAUCUCUGAGGGAACUCGGUGUCCCAGUCCCCUUGGAGACGGUCAGAUUACUCUAUCUCCUGUCAAAAAGAUGCGCGGAGAUCUCCCGAAUCAUAGCGAGGCAAGGGUCGCCAAAUUCAGCCAAAUCUAAUUCUCAGGAUGCUCCUGCAGUUUCGGCUUACAAAGAGCGCCGUGUCAGUUGGAACUCCAUUUGGGGCAGCCCCGUGUUAAGGUGUGGAGGCUUCAAUGACAUAACCACAUUGUCUCCUAUGUACUUUACCCCCUUUUCUCCUCGUAUCAUCCCAUACUCCGGCUGCGCCACCGAGGCAUUGCAGAUCUACUCCUUCAAAAUCUUUGAUCUAGAUGACAGCUUGAAGUGGCCACUCUAUGUGUACGGCGUAGUUGCUGCUCGAGACGCUGUGGAUGGUAACCGCAACAUUCUCUUCUCCCGCUCCAGGGCUAACUGCCAAAUACUCACUGAAAAGGAUCCUUUUUUGCACUUGACUGGCCCUUCUCGUGCUAUUCUGGCCGAGUACCCUGUUGACUUUGAAGUUGAACUAAGGAUAAAAGAUGGAGCAGAGCCCCAAGACAAAGCAUUGAUGAGUUCUACUAACCACCACCAUUUCGGUGGUGAUACUGCUCUUUUCCUUGGCUGCCUGUGUACUGCAGAGGUGGGCCUUCAGACUGUUCGUAGUGCGAUCCAGGCCACUAUCUUGUCUAUUCGUGUUGUUGGAGGGGGAUUUCCUUUUGAAUAUGGUGUACAAGUUUCUUGUUCAACGUCUACUCAAGGUGCUAUUUCUGCUGCAUGUCGGCAAGUUGUGUUGCUUGAUUCUGUUGAAAAAUUUCCCGAAGAUGGACUAGAUGGUUACCUUCCUCUGUCAAGGAGUGUUGUUACUGUGGAAUCAAAAGGAUCGCUUAGGAUUAUCAUGAAAGGCUAUUCAGAGUCUGGUAUUGUUGCUGAUGAAGCCCGGCUAGACUUCCCUGCUCAACAUUGCCAAAUAAGCACUCAAGAAUGUACUAUUGGCAAUGCUAAGCUGCAGGUUGUCAUUGCUUGGUCUCUACUUGUGAGGGACAAGCUCGACAACUUGGCAGAGGGGUACAUCUUCCCUCUAUGA